AGAGAGAGAGAGAGUCCCACAAGUAACUGAAGUGAGGCUCAUUUACAGAUAGAUACACCAUACGUGUACUGACCUAGCCCAUAAGAGUAUAUUACUUUAUGAUCAUGGAUCAUGGUGGAAGUGAUAAUUCUAUGCAAAGCCCAAAUUUCCCACUUGAGUUACUAAAGAAAAGAAAUUUUGAAGAAGCUAGUUCCAGCUCGAUUUUGCCUACAAAUUCAGGAAAUUUGGAAGCAGAAAAGAAGCCUCAGCCUAAAAGGAACUCAACCAAGGAUAGGCAUACAAAGGUCGAUGGCCGGGGUCGUCGGAUCCGAAUGCCUGCAACUUGUGCUGCUAGGGUUUUCCAGCUUACUAAAGAAUUAGGCCACAAAUCAGACGGUGAAACCGUCGAGUGGUUGCUCCAGCAGGCGGAGCCAGCGGUGAUUGCCGCUACAGGUACUGGAACCAUCCCAGCAAAUUUCAGUUCACUUAACUUAUCGGCUAGGAAUUCUGGUUCAACCAUGUCAGCACCGUUACAUUUGAGGAAUAAUUAUUUUAACCAAACCUUGAGGAGUAGUAUUGAAGAUUCACAGAGGAGGGUUUUGUUUUCUGGAGUUGGAUUAUCACCACCAGAGAAUAUUAAUCCAUUAAAUUUUUCUAAUGGAAAUAUAAAUGUGAAUUCUAUGUUACAAGCAAAGCAAGAACCGGUAGUUCAAACUCACAUGUUUCAGUCAAGUACCGGGUCGAUUCCUGCUAGCCAGGACCAGAUUCCGGCGACGACGUUUCUUAUGAUGACAAAUCAUAAGAGUCAAGUGAUGAGCGGUGAUUCUUUAUGGACAUUUCCAGGUAUUGGAAACUCUAGUACUAUGUGUAGAGGAAGUUCAAUGCCUAGUAGUGGACUACAUUUUAUGAAUUUUCCUACGCCUUUGGCACUUUUACCAGGGCAACAAUUGGGUAUGGGAAAUGGUGGUUGCAGUGGAGGCGGGACAGUGAUGGAUGGACAUUUAAGCUGGCUAUCAACACUCAAUGGGUUUAGUCUGGGAGGUUCCGAGGCUCAAGCAACCAGCCAUGACGCAGAGGGCCAUGAUCUACACAUUACAACUAGUAAUCACUUAUGAAUUGGAUUCACCAAGCGUGGCUCUCAGGAGCCUUAUCUGAUGGCCCAUUGCCAUAAACUCCUAUAAAUUUACUCAGUACCUGUGGAAUCAUCCUCCUCUUUAUUAUAUAAGGUAACUGCAGCGAUAUUCAAGGUGGUGGUUGGUGGUUGGGUGGUGGUGGUGGCCCUACCACACUUGCCAUACCAACCUGUAAAUCAGGACCGUCAAUAAAUGGUCUGUUCUUGAUUGAUCAACAUGAUCAGUUACAGAUAUAUAGUGUCUGUGUGCUUUUCUCAGUUUGGGGAAUUAUAUUUUCUUGAUUUGUUUCAAGUAUCUUUACGGAGUUAUAGAAUUAGAGUAUCUGCUGGCUUUGCUUUCCUGUAAUGGCCCAGUACAUUAUUGUCCUUCCUGUAUAAGCAUAUAGACAGACACAUGCACUGUAUGUGGUUGUUUCUUGCAACGUUCCAUCAGAUAUUUUUUCCAAAUGCUGUAAAACUAUGAUGCAAGAGAAAUUAUUCCUCUUACAAAGAUUGAUUUAUUUUUUGUAUU